CCGCGGGGCCGCCACCAGACCUGUACCACAACAACACAAGAAUAGUGACGCACGUGACGCAGUGUUCUUGGACGUCAUGGAGGACGGGAAAGUAGAAGUUAUAGUCGGGACAACUGAAGAGUUCAUCCUGGGAUACCAGUUGACGUGCCAGAAGGAUGGGAAGGUGUCCCUCAGCCAGAGCUUUGCCGAUCACUCGCACACGGGUAGUGUGCGGCAGAUUGCAAUCAGUGGCAAGUUUCUCGUGUCAGGAGCUUCAGAUGAGAUAUUGAGGAUAUUUAAUCUUCACUCACGCACUGAAGUUGGCCUUAUAAUGGAACAUCAAGGAACCAUCACAGACUUGGCAUUCCAUGGAUCACGGUACCUGUUUUCUGCAUCCCAGGAUGGCAACAUUUGCAUUUUUAAUCGAGCAAAAUGGGAGUGUGAAAAGACUCUGAAGGCUCAUGCUGGAGGAGUGACAGGCUUGGCAAUUCACCCUACAGGGAAGCUGGCCUUGUCGGUAGGGAAGGACAAGAGCUUACGCACCUGGAAUCUUAUCAAGGGCAGGAGAGCCUUUAUCACCAACCUUAAAACUGUUGCUGAUAGUGUGCACUGGUCUCCAGCUGGCACGCAUUACUUGGUGGUGAAGGGCAGCAAUGUUGACGUGUAUGAGGUCUCCUCUGGUCAAGUGGUCCAUUCUGUGGAUUUUAAGGAGCAAGUCACUUCAAUAAUAUUUAUCAUGGACGAUAUCAUAGCUGUUGGCGGGGAAGGCAAGAAUAUUUGUGUUUAUGAUAUCACAACUAAGUUAGAAGUGGUUCAGUGGAACGCUCACACCAUGCGCAUCAAGAGUAUGCGAUUGAUCCCCAGAGAAGAAGCCGAGGAAGUGUGGCUCGUGUCGGCUUCUUCUGAUGGAACUAUAAAAGUGUGGAAACUUGAGUUGUUGUCACUUUCAUCUGGACCAAAACUCUUGGGAGAAGUGGAUACGACGUGUCGUAUCAUCUGUAUGGAUGUCUAUUGCCCUCCACAGACCGCCCACAAGUCAAAGAUGUUAAAGUCGGAAGCUGUGCCAAGUUCAGAUGAGGAUAGUGAGGAGAUUGAGGUUAUAGAGGCUCCUCAAUCACACAAAAAUGGCUCUUCUGUUGAAUCAAUAAAACGUAAAAGAAAAAAGAAAGUUAAAAAAAGUGUAAGUCAGGGAACUGGUGUUGAAGGAUCAAGUACCAAAGAAAAAAAAAUAAAGGUUGCAUAGUUGCUUGUAAAGAGAA